UUACGAACCUGGAAAAUACAAUUAUAGCAAUACAUUUUCUCUUAUAUACUAUUCACAUAAAUUAUUAAUAAAAAAAAAUAUAUAUAUACAUAUAUACAUAUAUAAAAGAUGUCAUCCAAAGUACAGAAGAUUAUGGUUCAACCCAUCAAUCUGAUUUUCAGAUACCUUCAAAAUAAAUCCAGAGUUCAGAUUUGGUUAUUUGAUAAAACAGAUUUAAGAAUUGAAGGCCAAAUUAUUGGUUUUGAUGAAUUCAUGAAUUUGGUUCUUGAUGAUGGUGAAGAGAUUGACAUCAAGAAUAAUACUCGAGUUAAAGUUGGUCGACUUUUAUUGAAAGGCGAUAAUAUUACUCUGAUACAAGGUGUUGAAAACUAAUAAAAAGACAAUUUUAUAUAUGAAAAGAAAAGACGAAAUUAUAAUAAAGGCUUGUUAUGUAUUAUGUUUGAAAAAAAAAAGGGGGAAAAUAUUUCUUUUCUUUUAGGACUAUACAAGUAUUCUCAUUUAUAAAUUACUACUCCUGGUUACCAGUAUAAUUAAUAAAAAUAUGUGUAUAUUACGAAAAGUAAACAAAAAGUUACAAGUUAGACAACAACAACAAAAAGACGGAAAGGGUGGUGCCAUGGAUGAAAAUGGAAGUGGAUGAGGA